CACUAAUUCAUUUCCAUUUACCUAAAUUUAUUUACGCUUUCUUCCCUUACUUUCGAAUUGGUUGCUAUAAAUACUUGCCAUUUUAGAUAUUAUUGUGAACGACGAUUUGGGAGCUACUAUUGCUCAAGUUCGCGCUAGGUGCGAUGCAACAGGGAACACAAAGUUCAAGAUGAAUGGAACAUCACCAAUUGCUGCUAUUGAUGGAAAAAGAUUGAAAGGAAAAGUAGCCAUCAUAACUGGUGGAGCAAGUGGCUUUGGAGAGGCCACAGCUAGACUUUUCUUCCAACAUGGUGCCAAAGUCAUAUUAGCUGAUGUUCAAGAUGACAAAGGCCUUUCCAUUUGCUAUGAAAUCAUGUCUUCUGCCACCACCGCCACCAACAACCACCACCACGAUCACAUAGGAUCAAUCUCCUACGUACAUUGCAAUGUCUCCGAUGAAACCGACAUGAAAAACCUCAUUGAUCAAACCAUAACAAACCAUGGUAAACUCGACAUCAUGUACAGCAAUGCUGGCAUAUCCGGAGAUGUCGACUUUACCAUAGCAGGAACAACUAAUGAGAAUUUCAAAAAAGUAUUUGAUGUUAACGUAUUUGGAGGUUUCUUAGCGGCUAAGCAUGCCGCUAGGGUUAUGAUCCCGGAAAAAUCAGGAGUAAUACUCUUCACCGCGAGCUUGGCAUCCAUCAUAGGUGGCCAAUCACCCCAUGCGUACACUAUGUCAAAACAUGCAAUAGUUGGCUUGAUGAAAAAUUUGUGCACAGAAUUAGGGCAAUAUGGUAUCAGAGUGAAUGCGAUUUCUCCUGGCGGUGUUGCUACACCAAUAUUAGUUAACGCGUUAAAAAUGGAUAAAAAGACUAUUGACGAAUUGUUAUGCAAAGCUACAGUUCUCAAAGGGGUGACACCAGAUGUAGAGGAUGUUGCAAAUGCUGCGUUAUAUUUAGCUAGUGAUGAGGCUAAAUAUGUUAGUGGUGUUAAUUUUAUGAUUGAUGGUGGUGCUGGGAUUGCUAACCCUUCUUUUUCCAUGGUGCUACAAAAUUUUCUUGCAUCAAAUGGUUUAACUUUUGAUGGAGCAAAUGUUUGUUAAUUGUUAGUGCAACAUGAUUUAGCCACAUUGAUGGGUUAUUAAUUAAUGGUUUAGGAGCUAGCAUUUGAUGAUUUUUACAAACAAGAAUGUGUGAAAUAAGUAGAAUAUUAUAUUAAUUGGUAUUAUGAAGUGAUUUUACUUUAUGAGCUAAAAGUCAUUUACAGUUAUUUGUUUUUGAAUAUUCAAAAUAUGAGCUUUAUGUUCCACUUUUGUUCAUUCUCGUGAAUAAAAAUCAAAAAAUUAUAAUUUC